AUGACCAGUUCCUCUCAACUGACAGCGUACUGUGACAGCCUGACGCAGAGCCUGUCGGACGGGGAGGAGCAGGAGCGGCAGCAGCAGGUGGAGCUCACCCGCAGCACAUGCAUGUCCCAGUGGAGAGCGGGCGCGGUGCAGGCCUGGCUCGACCUGGUGCUGGGGAUGCCCAUGUACGCACGAGCCUGCGCAGAAAACGUCAAGAGUGGAAAGUGUAGACCUUGUUUAACAGUGUUUUGUUGUGGUCAGGUGCUGCUGGGUCUGACAGAUGAUGACCUGGAGCAUGGUCUGGGCAUCAGUAACCCUCUCCACCGCAGGAAGCUCCGACUGGCCAUAGAGGACUACAGGAGGGCUGAAGGGGAGCAUGGCUUAGGCCUGUCUAAAGCCUCAGAACUGGACCACCACUGGGUCUGCUCAUCCUGGCUCUGUGAGGUGGGCCUUCCUCAGUACUCCCAAGUCUUCCUCACUCACCUGAUCGACGCACGGGUUUUAAAUUCUCUCAACCGCAGAGACCUAGAGCGAUACCUCAACAUCAAUGACCCCUUCCACCAGACCAGCCUCCUCCUGGGUGUACAGCUGCUGCAGAUGCUCAGCUUUGACAAAGAGGCCCUACAGGCACGACGCGCCAAAUGUGAACAGCUCGACCGGGAUCCCAUUGUCUGGACGUGUCAGCGCGUAAUGAAGUGGGCCCGGGACAUCGACCUCAAGGAGUUUGCAGAUAACCUCCAGGGUAAAGGUGUCCAUGGAGCUGUGCUGGUUCUGGACCCGUCCUUCGACCCAGAGGCCAUGUCCAAAGCCCUGUGCAUCCCCACCAACAGACACAUGCUGCACAGACACCUGUACGAGGAGAUGAAGGCUCUCACUGCCCCACACUGCAGCACACUUGAACCUGGAAGUGCCUCCUCUUCACCAGUCAUCAUGAAUCGAUUUGCAGACGAGAGGAAGUCUAUGAGAAGAUCAGGGAAGAGUCCAUUGAGGUUGCGGGCCAGUAGUCAUUCUGCAGAGCGAGCCCGGGGCCUCCACCAGACCAGCCCCAGCUCUUGCGGAUCUUUACCCAGAGAGGGGAGGGCGCAGGCGGGGUCGAGAGGCAGAGGCAGUCCCAUGCACACCUACACCAGCGUAGAGAUCACUAAUGUCUGAAAAAACAGCCAAUAUGCACUACUGUUUACAAACUGUUUACUACUGAAAGGCUGUGUGCUUUCCAAUGGACUCAAAGGGACUUAAAUUUUUGCAGCACUUGCUCUUUCCAUUUGAAUGUUUAGAUUAGGUGUCUAUUGCCCUCUGCUGGUAAUUUAGGGGACUGAAGACAAUUGAAAUAGUAAUUAGCAGCAUGAAUACUGGUCAAAUAACACUUACAUAUAUGUUCAUAGUGAGGGAAAUGAAGCACAGAAAUGAUCUUAACAGGUUUGGUGAAGAAUGACUUUAUAUGAGCAGACGACAUGGUUAGAAGGUGCAUUAUGUAACUUUUCUCGUGGAGCGUCCAUCACUUGUUUGUUUCCAUUAAAAUGCUAUAGCUUUGCUUGGAAUGUUCCUCAGUAUGGUAUUAAAUUUCUCUAUUUUAGUUCACAGGUUUGUUACUAUGAGCUGACUUGCCUCUCCACAGAUCUCACUUGUAGUUUUGCCUGGCGCUUAUCUCCAUGAAGAUAGAUAGGCUUAUUGUAAUACUGCAAAUCACAGAAUCUCCAUAGAGACAAGCAAAUGACAGAAAAGCAUAAUUUUGGGACUUCUACCCUGUGCAAGUGGAGUGUUUAACUUAUUGGAA